AUGAAGCUUCAUUUGGCUUCGUAUCUGGUAUUUGCGCUCGCAACCUUUGAGGCGGUUGGAGCUUCCAGCUGGUUUAGCAAGGCUGUUUACAACAAAUGGCAUGAAACCGAGUUAGAAAGAUGGCUUUCUGAUCAUGACAUCCCGUACCCGUCGCCGGCCGAUCGCAAGGAUCUAGAGUCCCUUGUGAAGUCCAACUGGGAAGCUAAAGUCCAAAAGCCCCUGGCUCAUGCUACACAGCACUCUCAUGAUCACUGGCAUGAUGCCAAGGAAUGGCUCUUUGAUACGUGGACCGACUCCCAGUUGAAGUCGUUCCUUGACCGUCAUGGUAUUCCUGCUCCUCAGCCUCGCAAGCGUGAUACGCUUCUGAAAACUGCUCGCGAAAACUACGAGUCUAUUGCCAGGAAGCUUGGAGAGGCUGUCGCCUAUCCUGGUAACUGGGUAUAUGAGCAAUGGACUGAGUCUGAUCUCAAGGAAUGGCUUGAUGAGCGUGGCUGGCCGGUUCCACAGCCCACCACGCGCGACAGGCUUAUUGCAUCGGUCCGCCGUAACGCUCGACUGGCCAGUCUGAAUGCGAAGAGCAUCGCUGCCUCUGCCUCCGCAUCCGCGGAAGCUGCGCAGGCUACUCUGAGCGAUGCCCUGUUCAAGGCUUGGUCCGACUCCGAUCUGAAGAAGUUCCUCGAUGAGCACGGUGUCAAGGUACCCCAGGGAUCUAGACGCAAUGAACUCAUGGCUCUGGCGAGGAAGCACCGCGCCUCUCUGGUUAGCCAGGCUUCGGAGGCCUCUGCCACCAUCUCGUCCACCGCUACUCAGAUCAUUGGUGCCGCAACCUCCAAAGCUGGUAACGAAUACGAAAAGGCCACAGAUGUUGCUCAAGCCAAGUUCCAAGAUAGCUUCGAUACAGUCAUUGAAGGAUGGUCCGACUCGCGUUUGAAGGCUUUCCUCGAUGCGCGCGGAGUCCCUGUGCCUCAGAGCGGCAAGCGUGAUGAGCUCCUUGCUAAGGUGAGGCUCCACAGCCACAAGGCAGCCACUGGCUGGUCUGCUUGGACCUUUGAUACCUGGGACACCGAGCACCUGAAGAAGUACCUGUCCUCCAUGAACGCCAAGGCAGCCCACCGCGCCGACAUCACUCGCGACGAGCUUGUCAAGCAAGCCCAGGAAAACUACGCCAAAGCAUCCAAGACCGGUGGUGCAAACUUCGCAUCGGCCACCUCCUACAUGGCGCAGGCCACCGAUGCAGCUAAGGGUUCCGCUUUCGACAGCUGGACUCAUUCCGACCUCAAGGCUUACCUUGACUCGUACGGCAUCCCGGUCUACCAGGGCUCUGGAAUCAACGAACUUCGCGCCGCUGCUCGCCGCAAUGCGGAGUACUUCCGCUACGGCACUUCGUCUCCUUCGGGAACUAUCUUCGCUAAGAUGCAAGAGGCCGGCCAGUGGCUUUUGGACCAGCUGAAGAUCGGCGCGUCCAGUGGCCGUGCCCAGGGUCAGGAAGCCGCUGAGAAGGCCAAGGCUAAGGGUUCUGAGGCUGCUGAGAAAGCCAAGGCUCAGGGAUCUCAUGCUGCUUCGAGCAUGCGCGUCGAACUGUAA